GCGCUGAUUGGACGCGCGGCCUGUCAGUCACGCCGCUGUGAGUGGGUUAUGGUGGUGAAGCCGCUGCAGCUGUAAAUCUGCGGCUUUAAUCAUUUUAUUGUGCUGCUGAAUAAAAGUGCGGAAGGUUUCAUCUCAUCAUGUACGGAUUUGUGAAUCACGCUUUGGAACUUCUGGUGUUGAGAAAUUACGGUCCAGACGUGUGGGAGGACAUCAAGCGAGAGGCGCAGGUGGAUGUGGAAGGACAGUUUCUCGUCAGAAUCAUCUACGAGGACGCCAAAACUUAUGACCUGGUGGCUGCUGCAAGCAAAGUGCUGAAAAUCGAUGCAGGUGACAUUCUGCAGAUGUUCGGGAAGAUGUUCUUCGAGUUCUGUCAGGAAUCCGGCUACGACACCAUCCUGCGUGUGCUCGGCUCCAACGUCCGGGAAUUCCUGCAAAACCUUGAUGCUCUUCACGACCACCUGGGAACCAUCUACCCCGGCAUGCGUGCUCCAUCCUUCCGCUGCACAGACGCCGAGAAGGGGAACAGCCUCAUCCUGCACUAUUACUCAGAGAGAGAGGGACUGCAGGACAUCGUCAUCGGCAUCAUCAAGACCGUCGCUCAGCAGAUCCACGGCACCGAGAUCCACAUGAAGGUGAUUCAGCAGAAGAGUGAGGAGUGUGAUCACAUCAAGUUCCUGAUUGAGGAGAAGGACUCCGAGGAGGAGGCGCUGUAUGAAGAUCUGGAUGGUUUUGAAGAAAACGGCACUCAGGAGACACGCAUCAGUCCGUACACCUUCUGUAAGGCCUUUCCUUUCCAUCUGAUGUUUGAUAAAGACCUCAUCCUCACUCAGUGUGGAAAUGCCAUCUACAGAGUGCUGCCACAGCUCCAGCCCGGUGUGUGUAGUUUGCCCUCUGUCUUCUCUCUGGUGCGGCCGCACAUUGACUUCAGUUUCCACGGCAUCCUGUCGCACAUCAACACUGUGUUUGUGCUCAGGAGUAAGGAGGGGCUGCUGAAUGUGGAGAGUGCAGAGUGUGAGGAUGAGCUGACAGGAACAGAGAUUAGCUGCCUCAGGCUUAAAGGCCAGAUGAUUUCACUCCCUGAGACGGAGAACAUCCUGUUCCUCUGCUCCCCCAGUGUAAUGAACCUAGACGAUCUGACCAGGAGAGGUCUGUACCUGAGCGACAUCCCACUCCAUGAUGCCACGCGAGACCUGGUGCUGUUAGGAGAACAGUUCCGUGAGGAGUACAAACUCACGCAGGAGCUGGAGAUCCUCACCGAUCGCCUGCAGCACACGCUCAGAGCUCUGGAGGACGAGAAGAAGAAGACGGACAGGUUGUUGUACUCGGUUCUGCCGCCGUCAGUAGCGAAUGAACUGAGACACAAACGUCCGGUUCCAGCGAAGCGUUACGACAACGUCACCAUCCUGUUCAGUGGCAUCGUGGGAUUCAACACCUUCUGCAGCAAACAUGCCUCAGCAGAGGGAGCCAUCAAAAUCGUCAACCUGCUCAAUGACAUCUACACCAAGUUCGACAUCCUGACCGACUCACGCAAGAACCCGUACGUCUACAAGGUGGAGACGGUUGGUGAUAAGUACAUGACAGUCAGCGGUCUUCCAGAACCAUGCACUCAUCACGCCAAGUCCAUCUGUCACCUGGCACUGGACAUGAUGGAGAUCGCAGGACAGGUGAAGGUGGAUGAGGAACCUGUGCAGAUCACCAUCGGCAUCCAUACUGGAGAGGUGGUGACGGGGGUCAUAGGUCAGAGGAUGCCUCGCUACUGCCUGUUCGGCAACACGGUGAACCUGACGAGCCGCACAGAGACCACGGGUGAGAAAGGGAAGAUAAACGUGUCGGAGUACACGUACAGGUGUUUGCAAUCGGUGGAAAAUGCUGAUGCUCAGUUCCACCUCCAGUUCCGAGGCCCAGUGACCAUGAAGGGCAAGAAGGAGCCGAUGAAGGUGUGGUUCCUGUCACGAAAAGCGCAGUAGAACGACACGGAUCGACACGAUGCCAUUUCAGUCUUCUGUUAAAAAGCAUUUUUGUAAAAGUAAUUAAUUUACAGUCAGAAACAUUCUAGUCUGAAGGUCUGUAGCUAAUGAUAAAGCAGCACAUUGUGUCAUCAUUAUGACUUUAAUAAAUUAUUUCUAUUUUAAAUUAAUAUAAAAUGAAGAAAUUGUAGUACAUCACUGACUAUAUUUACAUCUAUCUAUCUAUCUAUCUAUCUAUCUAUCUAUCUAUCUAUCUAUCUAUCUAUCUAUCUAUCUAUCUAUCUAAAAACCUAAAUCUAUAUGUUUAGACAAAUGGAUAAAUGUAGGCAGCCCUUAAAAUAACAUUCUACAUACUGAAGGUAAAUGCAGUGUUUUUCAUGUAAAGUCUAAUUGUGCUGCUUUACUCACAGUUUAUAAUAAAAUUGUAUUUAAAUGUAAUUUAAACAA